CCUUUCGCGACAUUAGUUUCACGUCGCGUCUACACUAUGAAAUUAGUUGCAUGACACUAAUUUCAUCAAAAAAUCGUGCAGGGCACGAAACUUAUUUGCAUUCAUGAAAUUAAUGCAUGCAUUACGAAAAUACUAAAUUACAUGUGAUAUCAAUCGUAGUUUAAACCUGUGUCGUAAUAUCAAUUCGAAAAUGUGGAGAGAUCAACUAAACUUCGAUCAGUGCUUUUUUCAAGGCAAUAUUAUCAGUUUCGUUCACUACUCAUUCACUCUUUUAAUCAUUUACAAUAUUAUGACAAUAAUUAUACGUGACAGUGACGUUAAAAAAGAAUUAUUCCAAUUUUAUACAUAGGUACAUACAUACUGAUCGGGAUUUUUUUAAUUUUGUUGUUAAAAUAUAUUUAAUAAUAAUAAGUAAUAAAAUGAGUGAAAAUAAGAAAAGAGUUGCGAAUUUUACGACUGCCGAAACGGAACUUUUAACGACGCUAGUAAAAAGAUAUUCGAAUGUGUUAGAAAAUAAAACAACAAACGUUGUAAACAAUCAUUUAAAAGAAGAAACAUGAAAAAAGCUCGCAAAAGAUUACAAUAGCUCUUCUGGAAUGUGCCUAAGAGACGCGAAAACUCUACGGGCUAAAUACGAAAAUUUCAAAAAGAUAAAAAAAUAUAUAUUAAAAUAUAAUAUAGUAACCAUAAAAGAAGCCUCUAUUGCACUAGGGUGGCCCUGGACUAUCGCAGGAUUUCAAUCUAACUCAGGAAGAGGAAAUAAUAAUGGAGCUAGCUGGGCCAAGUGUGGAAGGAUUGUCUCCACGAUUUGAUUGUGAUAAGAUACCAGAACGGAAAGAAACAAUUAAAAAACUUUCAGUGAGUAGUGAAGUAGAAAAUAAUCCUGGCAAGGAAAAUACCGGUCUACCUACUGAUGACUGCAGUGUGAACAUGGUGGACAAAUUUAAGUUACACAUCCAAGACACACCUCCAGUUUCUACCAGUUAUUUAGAACAUACCCCCAAUCGCUAUUCUGAAAAAGAAACGGUCAACACCGAAGAAAUCCAGAGAGUUUCAAGAACACAAUGGAAAAUUAUGGUGACUUGUCACAAAAGAAAAAAGAUGUAGCUAAUGCUCAACUAAAACACUUGGAAGAAAAAGCAAAACAAGACAAAAUAGAACAUGAACUUAGAUGUGAACAAAUAAGGGACAAAGCCCAACAGGAAAAAAAAGAACAUGAAUUGAGAUGUGACUUGUAAAUGUUAGAAAUAUUGUUGAAGAAAAAGGAAUUAAAUAAAUAAAAAAUAAACACUAUGUAAAA